CCCGCGCGGCCGCCGGUCCCCGCCCCUCCGCCAUGGCCGAUGUGGAGGACGGGGACGAGCCCGGCGCCCCCCACUCGCUGCCGGGCUCCGCGGGCUCCAAGGCGGGAGCCCCCGACAAGAUGUUCUCGCUGAAGAAGUGGAAUGCGGUGGCCAUGUGGAGCUGGGACGUGGAGUGCGACACCUGCGCCAUUUGCCGGGUGCAGGUCAUGGAUGCCUGUCUUAGAUGUCAAGCUGAAAACAAACAAGAAGAUUGUGUUGUGGUUUGGGGAGAAUGCAAUCAUUCCUUCCACAAUUGCUGCAUGUCCUUGUGGGUGAAACAGAAUAAUCGCUGUCCCCUCUGCCAGCAGGACUGGGUAGUCCAGAGAAUAGGCAAAUAAAAACUGGAAGGAUUUCUUUCCGUUGCAGUUAUUGGAAUGGUGUGUGUGUUAUGCUCUAUGCUCAUGCAGAACAGAAUGAGUCCAUCAGGACAUGACUCACUUGGUUUAUCUGCUCCAAGACCAGAGUGAGUUUGGUGCAGGCCUCUGGCUGCUCAAGGUGCAGUCCAUGGUCAGGCUCACUGCAGGGGUUCCACAAUUCAAACAGGAGAUGCUACUUCAACAAAUGUUAUCUGCUAUGAUGUGAGUGUUGUCUGGAUCAGAGCACAGAAACUUAGAGCAUUUAAUCUUUUUCCAUUGAUAAAUUAAUUAAAUUUAAAGGAUCACCUUACCUGGUCUGAUACACUGCAUAGUUUACUGCAAGGAUAAAGAAAACGUUUCCUAUGUACCAUUGUAUGCAAAAUCACAGUCAAUGUGCUUUUUAAGAAAGUAUUCUGAGUUUUAAUCUAAAAUUAACAGUGUGUAAAACAUUUGUCAUGUGCUUUUCUCAUCACACUGUAUUAAACAUUUCUAAUUUAGGUUUUCUUUAUGACUUUCGUUUUGUUGUAUCUCUAAAUCUGUUGCUCUGUUAUAUUCUGUACAUGAUUUCUACAACCAUAACAUUAAAAUGUUACCAUGUUAAUGACUGUUUUAUUUGAAUUUCUGUUAGUGACCAUGGAGACAUGUAUUUUUAAUCCAAAGAUUUUUUUGUACAAAUGCAUGUAUUUGAUAUCAGUUAUCUAGAGGUGUAGACAAUCAUGCAGGUUAGCUGAUUAAUAUAAGAAGCAAAAAAAGGUGAUAAUUUAAAUAACCCAAGGAAAGGAAGCACUAAUUAAAUCUAGGGGAAAAUGGUAAAUUGUAAUUUCAGGAAAAUUCAGUUAAUAGAAAUUUCUUUAUUAUCAUCUUUUUAUUGCUCAUAGUGUUUUGGAAGCAUUUUUUUAUUUUUGUGGAAAUCCUGAAUAUAUAAUCUUUGAAAUUUUUCUUACAGCUGUGUAAGUGCUUGCCUGUGACUUAGUCUUUUCCUUAAGUAUCCAAAUUACUAUGAAUCUGAACAUACACUGUGGGAUUUUUAAAAUAUAUGUAACAGAGAGGUAGAAUUAUUGCUUUCAAUCUGUAACAAAUUCAGGCUUAAUAAAAUAGUCAAUCAAUAUGGGUGAAAUUGAAGCACUAUAUUAUGCAUUGUUUACUUCCAAAUUAUCAUCUUUAAUGUUUAAUGUGUUUCUCAGUAGAUAUAUUUCUAUCUAAUUCUAAGUUCAUUUAAAGAGGUUUAUCUUCACUGUAUAAACUAGUUCCAAUCUUUGUGUCAUCAAGCAUAUUGCAGAGUUUACUGUGGUUUUGUUUAAUAUUGUAAUCUUGGUUUUUAAGGUGUUGUGAUUUUUAAAUGUGGCUUUUGUUUAAUUACACACUGAGAUAAAAAAAAUCCCGAGUCACUGUUACACUGUAUCACAUCAGUUGUUAUUAUGCCAGAUGAUGUCUGUCUUAAAACUCAAAACAGAUGUAAAAUAUGUUAACAGUAGUAAUGAAGUGCCUGUAGCAUUUACAUUGUUGUGGAAUAUUUCUCUUUGUGUAAAAGUAGUCCCAAAAUUCUUGCAGAAAAAAGAAGUCGGAAUGGACAUGAAAAUAAAUUUUAAGCUGUCACAGUCAAACUGUAUCUUACCUACCACCUGUUUUCUCUGUCCACAUUUGGACAGAGGCUCCAUCCUGUGACCUCUGGAAAUGCCAUCUAGUCUCAUCAGAGGACUUUAUUCAUUUUUAUUUGGUUUAUAGGUGAAUAUGGAAAGUACCAAGCCCUGCUUUUAGCUCAUGUCACAUGCAUGGCAAGGGUAGCUGAGAAUUACAGUUGUGGAAGAGUUUUUCCGUAGUGUCAGCUCAAAGGGGUGUUGACAAAAAUGAGGUAUUAGGAGAGUUAAUGUUGAAAACAAACUAGCUGAUCUUUUUGUGUAUCUAUCUGCAUAUUAUAAGUAUCUUGUUGACCAGUAAUUAAGGUUGAUUGAGAACAUAAGGUUUUUUUAAUUUUAAAUCCUGCAUAUUUUCUCCGUGAUUUAGUGAUUAGCCCAAGUCCCAGUCUUUGAGCUCUAUGCCAGAGAAUUUUUCUAAAUCAUACCCUGAUAUGCCUCAUUAGCAUGGUUGUUAGUACAUCCCAGUACAUCCCCGUGUUCAGUUCUGUAAUUAUUCAUCUCUUGUAUAUGCAAAAUAAAUACUUUUUUUGCUUCUCA